AUGAACGGUUUCAUCGAACGCAACGAAAUCAUGCGAAACGGACGCAUCGUAGAUUUGGUCGGACAUCUCCACUGCAACGUCUUUAAUCAGGAAAAGUUUCUACUGAACAGUGUGGAACUACGAGUACGCCUCGUACGCUCGAGAGAUAACUUCUGCCGUAUGGAAACUGAAGCGCUGCAUACUCUCCAUAUUCUAGAAGCAUCUUUACUCGUGCGCCGGGUGAAAAUCAGCCCAGGUAUAUUGCUGGCUUAUGCAAGAACUCUAGCCAAGGGUACGGAGAAAUAUCCGGUUACCCGAGUUGAAGUCGAAGCCUUCACCAUUCAUGCCGGCGUGCAGGCUAAGACGCUGGACAACGUCAUACUCGGACAACCACCGAAACGCGUCAUUCUGGGGCUAUUCAGCAACGAGGCUUUCAACGGUGACAGACAACUUCCAACAUACCAUGCUGGAUUAUAUAUCGUUGGACGUCGACGGCAUUCAAAUACCCUCGAAAGCUCUGCAACCGCGCUUUCAUUUGACCUAACGCCUAAUCUUGCGGCUGAAUGUUCGUCUCAUUGGUCACUCAUUAAACACGGAACACUCAGAAUUGAAUUACGCUUCGAUGAUGCACUCAAAGAAACUAUUAACUGUAUCGUGUACGCAGAAUUCGACAGUAUCAUUGAAGUUGAUGCUUCGCGACAGGUUGUCACAGAUUUCGGCGGUUAG